CCUGCAAACAGGGCAGAGGCCGAGUCCGAGUAAAAUUAAAAUUCGGAGAAAAGAAAGAGAAAAAUAGAAAUAUUAUCACGACGGCAGUAGAGUCAUAUAUCGGGUUAAAGCCAAACCCGUUUCAACCAAAACGUUAAUUGUCCCUUUUUUCUUCCCCUUCUUCUUUGCUUAAUUUCAAGAAUUGCAAAAAGUUGUGAUGGCAGGGCAUGAUAACUUAAACGGAUCUACAGAAAAGUCAAGCAACGGUAUGGAUGAUUUGCCGACUUUCAAUGCUGAGAAUAUGCAAAACAACAUGAAAAUUAUUUUAUACAGCCGCACAUUCAUGGCAAUCAUUGGUGGUGUCAUUGCCGGCAUUCUGGGACUUACUAGCUUGACAGGAUUUAUCUUUUAUUUCCUUGUCAUGGCAAUAACUUCAGUAGCACUCACGGCGAAGGCCAAGUUUUCAAUCCACUCCUACUUUGACAGCUGGAACAGAAUCGUGCUUGAUGGACUUUUUGGCGGGCUUAUGUCAUUUGUGCUCUUCUGGACAUUUGCAUAUGACAUUGUGCAUAUAUUCUGAGGAUCCUGUGUGAGAGAUGAAGACCUUUCGAUAUCCUUGAUGCUGAAAGCGAGCUCACGUGCACAUCAAGAAGAUGCUAGACAUUUUCAAGUUCAAAUUAAUGGGUAUUCAAAGUUUGUACUCAUGAUGUUUUCUUUCUAUUAAGCUUGCGAGAAAUUAUUACUGCAGAACAAACCACUGGUUCAAAUGUUAGAGUUGGGAGUAGUUGAACAUUUGAUCUUGAGAAGUUUUUGUUAGUUAACUUAUAUUGAGUUCAAAAGCUUGAGUAAUUGUAUAAGCAGUUAGACAUUUCAUAUCACUGUUGAAUGGUAUAGAUGAGAUUGUAAUCUUAGCCGAAUCUAAUUAUUCAGGUUCAAAGUUC